UAAUGCUACGCACAAAUUUCCGGUAGUAUCCGAUUCGGUAAGACGGCGUUAAUUUAGAACAACAAAAUGGCCGCAGCUAUGGAUGUUGACGAAGAUCUUCAAAGCGGAUCUUCCGAUAGAGCUGGAAAGAAACGUUUUGAAGUGAAAAAAUGGAAUGCGGUUGCUCUUUGGGCAUGGGAUAUCGUUGUGGAUAACUGUGCCAUCUGCAGAAAUCACAUCAUGGAUCUAUGUAUUGAAUGUCAAGCUAACCAGGCUUCAGCAACCAGCGAAGAAUGUACAGUGGCGUGGGGAGUCUGCAAUCAUGCAUUCCAUUUCCACUGCAUAUCUCGCUGGCUGAAGACCAGGCAGGUGUGUCCUCUAGACAACAGGGAGUGGGAAUUCCAAAAGUAUGGCCACUAAAUUGUGAGCAGUAGCGGACUCAGAUGGAUGAACAGCACUGAGAUUAGGAGGGAGGCAGAAUGCAAAAGAGACUGAACUUGUGUUUAUGUUGAAACAUUAUUUUUUUAAAUAAUUUUAUUUACAUCUCUGACCACCAGACAAGUAAUGAGGUUAGCCUGAAAUCAUAUUUUUCUUUUGUCAGCAGUGAAGGCAUAUUAAAUGCUGUAUUGUUUCUCUGUUCUGUGAUUGUUGUAUCAAAUGAUUUUUGAAUAAAAUUUCAUUAAUCACA